UUAUAUCAUUCUUCGAAGUCAUAAAUUUAACAAAAGUUGAUGUCUCCAAUAAGCAAUAAUAAAAAAAACAAUCUCAAUAUUGCAAUUAAGUAGAAUCGACGACUAAAUGUAUCUAAAUAUCGGUCGGGAUAUUCAUUCGAUUCUGAAUGCGUUGAUGUCGGAAUAUUGCAAUGGCCGAAAAAAGUGCAAUGAACUCUCUGAUGGAAGUGGAGCAUUUUAAUUCCUCGUCCGUGGACGUGGGCAUCAAGAAGGAGGUUGUAGUGAAGCCGGAACCUUGUGAGUGUCUCGUGUGCGUAACUCGCAGUCAGGACUGCUAUGAUAUAUACACAACAAACACGACAGCGUCGGGCACGAGCCUUCUUACAUUCUUGGCUAAAUUCACUCAGACGGAUAUCACUGACGCAGUAAAGUCCUCCAAACACGUUUGCAAGAAUUGCCUAGACCUAAUCAACAUUUUAGAUCAGGCUGAAAUAGAAUAUGUUAAGCUAAAAGAGGCAUUUGAAGCAAUAAUAAGUAAAAACCCUCUAUUUGUGUCAUCAAAUGUGCCUUUAAAAUUAACUACUGUAAAGGCUGAGUACAAUGAUGAUGAAGAUGAUGAUGAUGAUGAUGAUGACGAUGAUGUGUCGGUACAUUUUAAUAAUUUAGAAGAGGAUUCUGAAGAUGAGCCAUUAGUAAAGUGUAAGAGGAAAAGAAAAGUCCAGGUUAAGAAAAAUUGUACAACUGCUAAACAUACACCUAAUAGCAAAAAAUUUGAGGGAAGCUGGAAAUGUGAAUUAUGCGGUGAGACUGGAGAUAAAGGUGGUACUAAUGCUGAAGAAGCUCACAGAUUAUCAGUACACUCUGGUAUGAAUUCAGGGAAUAAUGGAGCUUUUAAUGAUGUCAAGACUGAAGAUUCAGCUGAUGGUUCAGAAAGUCCAUUUAAAUACACAUUUAAGGAAUCGCUCCUCUUGGCGCUUGGUAAUCUGGAUGAAUCUAGUAAAGGAGAUGAAAAAAUAAAAAAGAAAAAAACUAAAGCAACACGGAAGAAAAAGAAAGUAUUAAAAGACACAAAAACGAAAGUAAUGCAUCAGUGUGAUCAGUGUACUAACAGGUAUACUUCCUUAGUACGUUUGGAGCGUCACAAACAAAUUAAACAUGAAGGUUCGAAGCCUCCUUACAUCUGUGAGAUAUGUGGCGCGCACUACAAACACAAGCGAGCCUGCGACAUACACAUAGCUCUACACAAGGGUAUAAGCGAUUGGAAAUGUGAAGAGUGCAAUAAACUGUUUCCUUCAAAGAAUGCACUCCAGAGGCAUAACAACAUCCACACGGGGAAGCUCAACUAUCAGUGCGACCUGUGCGGCAAGUCCUUCAUCCACACGUCGUCGUUCAAGAUGCACAAGCUCUCGCACUCCGGCGUGAAGCCGCACUCGUGCGACGUGUGCGGGCUGGCGCUCAUGACGCGCUCGCACCUCAAGCGACACAAGCGCGUGCACAGCGGCGAGAAGCGCCACGAGUGCGCGCUCUGCGGGAAGCGCUUCUCGGAGAGGUACAACCUCAUGGCGCACGCCAAAUCGCACCACGGGCCCGAGGCCCGCGCCGCCGAGCCGCCGCGCCCCGAGCGCCGCCGCCUCUUCCGCUGCCACUUCUGUCCCGAGAGAUACGAGAGACGGUACAUGCUGGAGCGGCACAUGCCGGCGGCGCACGGGCGCACGCUGGAGCGGCCGCCGCCCACGCCGCGGAACACCAUGAGCAAGAUGCUGAAGGCGCAGGCGCUCGGCAAGCGCGCCGCCCCGCCGGACAGCAACGACCCGGAGAGCAAGGAGGAGCGCAGCCCGCAGUCGCGCGGCGCCACCCCUGCCCCCCUGGCGGCCCCCUCGCCGGCCCUGCUGGCGGCGGCGACGUGGUCGGGCGCGUACGCCGCGGAGUUCGGCAUCCGGCCCGACUUCCCGCACUGACCCCCGCCGCGCCCCCCGCGCACCGCCCCCGACCCUCGCCGUGCGUCGCUGUGUUCGUUAUUUCCCUGAGUUCAACAUUUCUUUACAACAGUCGGCUCGGCCGUGCUGGGGAGGGGAGAGAGCGAGAGAGAUCUUCCGUCCCUUUUGCAAUAGAAAAGCUUCGGUUUUAAAUCGUGACCUUCACAUUCAACUGUGUCGCGCUCAAAGAAGCUUCAUAUCAAUAAAUACUUACUCAGAUUUCAUAACGUGGCAGUACAAUUGUGUCAUCAUAAAUAUUAUUUAUUAGAGCGGGCUUACUAAACAUUAAUAAAAUUAAUUUUUUUUAAUCCACCAAUAUUAUUCAAUCUACAUAUUAAUUAAUCAACUAUAUUAUAUUUGUGUAACAGAGAGUAACAAGUCACUGUUCGACAAUGAUUUGUGUGGCGUCAUGACAAAUUAACUGGUAUGGUACCAAAGCUUAGUGAAAACAUGAAAAAAGAAUGCACAGGCACUACCAGAAAUAUAAGAAAAAUUUUAAUCGGUCACUCCGAGAUAGCAGCACUCUCCCUUCGUGGAGACAUACCCCCUCCCCCCGCCCCGAGCCGGACUCACGCCCCCGCCCCCCGCCAGCCGGUCCCGGGCUCCGGGGUGGACAGGCGGCAACAACAUGACUAACAAUGACUAAUAUUCUUAUAUAAUUUCGCAGAGUUUAAAAACAAAAACAAAUUUUAAUCAAUCAAAACAGAUUGAAUUUUAUGAAGCAAUAUACUUAUAUGUAGAUAAUUAGGUAUAUAAAAAAACACUUAAAAUCUAUGUUUUUGUAUAUAUUAAUAAAAUUUUAGUUUAUUUAUUAGUUAAAACGUGUACAAUCAAUUUAGGUAAAUUCGAUUCUUUUGGGCGACACUGUCGUUUCGGACCGUAAGCCAUUUGACUUGUUUUUACUUAAGCGGUGACCGUCAGCGAGUAGAUCGAGCGGCAGCUGUCACUGUCAAUGUUCAUGUCACAUUGUCAUGACAGCACCUAACGUUCUCAGGCACGGACGUCACGCUUCACGAACGUGGUACGUGUAGAUGAACUACUCUAACUUGUAAUAUAAAAUAACUAGAUAAAUGUUUUAAAUGUAUGUAAUUAAUUAAGGAUUUUUAAUGUGAAUCCUAUUUUUGUACUAAAUACUCUACGUUUCUCUUACGUGUUAAAGGCCUAAGUGCAUGUGUGUGUGGCCAGUGCGGGCGCGUCGCUCGAGCGGAACAUAUGUCAAACAACCUUUUUUCGAAUGGACAAUAAAUACAUUUAGUUCCGUUAUUUAUUUUUGCACAAUAUAAUAGAGUUAGCUGUAAAAUGUAAACAGUAUGAAUAAUAAUGAAUUGCAACUAAAAUGAGUCUUCCAGAAUCACAGGUGAAAAGCCACAACAAAAACCGUAAAUGCAUUAACGAUUAGGGAAGCCCUCUCGGACACAUAACAUAGUGGCAAUCUUCACAACGUCCAAUGUCCACGAUUUGAUGUUUUAGAUUGAACAUAUUCAACUGAUAAAGAUAAAUUGUACAUAUCCAGAGAUAAGGUGGGGGAGACUCGUUUAAAUAUACUCUACGCUUUGUCAACAUUGUGAGGACGAAACUCAUGGAGGGAGGCCGUCAGACCCUCCGACCUCAGGAUAACGCUUUGUCAAACUUAGGAUCGUGAACUGCCAGCUCACAGCCGGCGUGCGGUAGGACGUAAACGGCAAUGAACAUGUUCGAACAUCGAUAUUAUCCUCAUGAAACCUGGGAGUGAUACUACACAAAACAAUUAAAAGCACGCAUCCCUACUGGCCAUAAUCAAUGCGUUGACAAUUAAAAAAAAAGUCAUUCACUAAAUAAAUACCUAAUACUUACUGUUUUAUAAAUAAGCAAUUGAGCGAUAGAUAAGUGCAGAGUGACUUGUGUAAGUCUUAAUUGUGAUUUUUUUUAUUUGUAUUAUAUCAAAACCGAUUUUCGUCUGGGAUUUUCGUUUGAGUGGUCAUUAACGUAGUGAUUCACUAAGUGGUCGGUAUGCACAAUAAUUUACGACAGUAGUGUUAUUUAAAGUACCUACAUUUUACCAGAAAAAAUGUGAGAAUGCUAAAUUCGAGAAAGAGUAGACGUCGAGACCCCGGAAAAAAGACAAAAAAGACAACACCGGAACUGCAAAGCGAUUUUGACAGAAUAGAUCCGGCCUUGUGUUUCUGACGAAAAGUAUACGUUCCGACAUUCUUUUAAUGUACUUAACUUAUAGUUUUUUUUAAUUGCUCUUAAAUCCGAUGUCAUGUGAAACCGCUCUUACUAAAAUGUAAUGUAAUAAAUAUAUAUAUGUUGAGAGAAAGAGAGAGAGAGAGAGAAACAGACAGAAGUACACAAAUUAUUGUUUAUAUAAAACUUG